ACUAGAGAUCGGUAAGAUCUUUAGAGCAUCGCUCAUUGAGUCCUUCACUGAGCCUGCAGAGUAUCUUUCAAUCAGCACCUGAGUCCGCAGAACAUUGCUCCAUUGCUUCGUUACUGAAUCUGCAGAGCAUUGUGCUAUCAGGCGUCUGACUUAUUCCACAGAGCAUUUCUCAUCAGCACCUGACGCUACAAACCAUCACUUGAAUUCAUCAGUCUUCUAGAGGGUCCACAAAGCAUCAGACUAUUGAUUCUGAAACGACUGAGCAAAAACUUGCAGAGCUUAUUUCUCAUUACCUCCCUAUACCCUGCAGCACUUUGAACGUCCGUUUUAAUAUAGUCUACAGCGGCAUCUUUACGAACCAUAUGAUAUUGCUUGCAAAGUUCCUUUAAGACCCACCAAAUGUGACGCUGAUGUGAUUAGUUCAGUUUUUCCAACACCUAUGUCCACCGGAGACGACUUGUCUCUUAAAUCAUACUUGCUGCUUUGAGACGGUUCUUUUAAUAUUGUCUAAUGACGAUCGAUCCGUCCCACUUUCCCCCAGUUGUCUCACAGUAAUCUUCACAAUGUUUCUACAGGGUGCGUAGACUUUGUAGAUCUUUUUCUGGAAGGUACGUUAGAAGAUACAGGUGUUACCGUGUUAAAAGACAUUCUUCAUGCCAACUCCCCAAACUGGCACAUGGAUUCCUUCUGUUUCAUCUGCUUUCAUCGGAAGGCCAUGCAACAACUGCCGGGUGCAAGUGUGAGUAUGAGUGCGGGGUCUGUGGAGCAGGAGCCGGCCCGGAAGCUGGGGUGUUGUGGAGUGCCAGUGAUCACAGAAGACAUGCAGGCCCUGGCUAUACGCAGCCUGUCCGGGAAUGAAGUGCAGAAACAUUACGAGCUGAUUCGGGAGCUGGGCAAGGGCACGUAUGGCAGGGUGGAGCUGGUAUCCCACAAGAGCACAGGUAACAAGAUGGCUCUAAAGUUUGUAAACAAGAACAAGACCAAGCUGAAGAGUUUCCUUCGGGAGUUUAGCGUGACCAGUGCUCUGUCCUGCAGCCCUUUCAUCAUCCGGGCCUUCCAUGUUCUUUUCCAGACAGAGGAUUGCUACGUUUUUGCUCAAGAGUAUGCCCCCGCUGGGGACCUCUUCGAUAUCAUACCUCCACAGGUGGGUCUUCCUGAGGACAUGGUGAAACGUUGCGUCCAACAGCUUGGUUUAGCUCUUGACUUCAUGCACAGUAAAAGUUUGGUUCACAGGGACAUAAAGCCUGAGAAUGUCCUUCUGUUUGACCGUGAGUGCCGACGGGUGAAACUAGCAGACUUUGGCAUGACCCGUAAAGUGGGCUGUAGAGUGAAACGGGUUAGUGGUACCAUCCCAUACACAGCACCUGAGGUGUGUCAGGCUGGACGUUCUGAAGGGUUUCCAGUAGAGACAAGCUUAGAUGUCUGGGCUUUUGGGGUACUCAUCUUCUGCGUCCUCACAGGCAAUUUUCCAUGGGAGUCCGCAUCACCAGGGGAUGCCUUCUUUGAGGAAUUUGUGCACUGGCAGAAGGGACGACUGCCAGGUUUGCCUUCCCAGUGGCGUCGCUUUUCAGACAAUGCACUACGAAUGUUUCAACGCCUGCUGUCACUGGAGUCAGAAAAAAGGAGCCCAGUCAAGGAAGUGUUCUUCUACAUCAAAUAUGAUCUGUUGUCUGAGGCAAGACGAAGACCUUCCUAUCGCUCACGUAAACAAACAGGAGACAAGUUGCCACCAGUGCCCCAGCGCCAUGAAAACCCAACUCCCCUCAAGAGGACAAUUCUUACAGAAGGAGGCUCCUCACCACGUGCUCCUCAUUCUCUGCCAGAACCUGGCCAACCAUCUACCGGUGCUGGCAGGAUGGAAGGACGACAGGACAAGAGCAAAGCUCAGAUGCUUCUAGCCACUGCCAUUGAAAUCUGUGUGUAGGAUGGUUGUUCAUUUGGAUUUUAUGCCUGAUGUCAUUGACCGUAGUGAAGGUCACCUCCUAUCGAGGACUUUAAACAGGUUUGACCACAAAGGAAAUGAGUGCUCUAGAGCCUACAAGCAAAAAAAAAAAAA